AUGAAAAAUCAGAAAUUAAGGGAAAUGCUAAAUGCAGUUAUUCUAGCGCUAUUUAUCAGAGGAUGCACAGCAGGUGAAGACCCCUUUAACCAAGACACAGAUAGAGCAGCAAGGCUAGCAAACGGCUUGUAUCUACCAGCCCCUGAUCUAUCGAUGGGGAACAGCGGUUUGUUUUUUAAUGCAGGCUACUACAAUCCGAUGAAUGGAAUGGGAUACCAGAAUGCGCAAGCAGAGCAAUAUGCAGCAUGGCACAGCAUGGCUGGGAGUGCUUUUGGCGUGCCAUAUAAUAUGCCUGGCACAUCUAGAGAUGGAAUAGACGGGAGAUACUUUCCCUCUACAAAUCCAUAUAUGCAUGGAGUGGGAGGAAGUGCAUACAUGCCUCCUGAUCAGCAGGGUAGAGCUGCAGAACAGUGUGAGCAGAUUGAACAGCAGCAGCAUCUAGCACACUCUGGUAUGGACGAGCCUGAUUUCAAUGAUGGGCAUGCGAUUGCAGGGCUAUCCAUAGAAGGUGAUAGCGAAGAUAUGAGAAGCGAUCUAUCAGAUGCGCAUGCACAGCAAGGCAGCAGAAAAAGAAAAGCAAAAAGCGCGCUAAAAAAAGCACCCAGAAAAACUAAAAGACAGAAAAAGAGGGAAGUAUGUAGCGAUGAAAGUGAUGAGAGUGGCAGUGAUUCCAUCCAGGAUAACGAAGUGUCACAGACUGAGAAUGAGAAUAAAAAAGCACUGUUGAGAGACAUAAAGACACUUGACUUCAAAUUGUGGAAUGAAAAAAGGCUAAACAAUAAGAGAAGGAGAACCUUCAGAAGACUGCGCAAAAAAAUACACUGCUACAGCUACUCUAUUAAGAGCAUCCUCCAGCAGGUAAAAGGCGGUUUCUGCCAAAGGAAUCUCAGAGCGUACAUCGAUUAUUUCUCGGAAAAUAUUGCAAAGCAUGUGAGCCAAAAUCCCCUACUGUAUUUUAUUGCAAUCAGAUCUGAUGCCAUAGAUAUGAGGUACAGGGAUCUUCUCGGGCUCAGAGAGCUGCUCUCAAAUGAGAAGAAUAAAGAGUACAGGGAGAAAAUGGAAAAGAUCAAGGGGUAUUAUCCAGGCGUGGUUGACGACCUGAUAAAGUAUGUGGAAGACAACGGGCCGUCAAGAAUUCUCAAAAAAAACCUUUCCUCUGACUGCAGAGAGACUCUCGGCGAUAUCUAUCUGCGGAAAUACCUUGAGCCAAAGUACUUUGAAGAGCAGGAGAAUGAGACAAUGGGACAGAUUGACGGAAAGUACGCUGCACUGGCACAUGCUAUGCGCAUGCUUUUAAUACUGCCCGAGGUGUGCCAGGACUUCUCCAGUAUCACUGAGGCUAUUGUAGAGAGCACACAGACCUCAGAAGACCCCAGCACAGACUCAGAUAACUGUGCAGUCCUUCUGGAAAUAAUGGCAUUUGUGAGAAAACACACGAAAAAAGAAAAAGAUGAUGUUGCGUAUGAGAGUCUCUACAAUGCGCUGGAAAAGACAGUGGGCUCACUCGAGAAGCUAACAGCAGUUGAUCUGUACGAAGCAGUAUACAAAAUUAUUGGAAGUUUUUACGAGAAUGCACUCGUGAUUGAUGAAAAGAACAACUACAUUCUGCGGGGAAAGAACAUGCUGACGAAUCAGAAGUACAUGGAAUGCGCAAUAGAUGUAAAGCUGAGUCCAGAUGGUGCUCUCAUAGAAACAGAUGAUGCAGAAUACACACCAAGAGAAAACAAGUGGAAAGUUUUACCCAAUAUAGAAAAACACUAUCACGUGUACUAUGUUGACAACAAAACACUCCAAGUCAGAAUGCUGUGCAUGCCCAUAUACACAGAUGCUAAAAAACAAGAGCACUAUCUGCACACAGUUGACGAUAUAGUAAAUCACAUAAAAGAGCUUUACGGGGUAAAAGAAAGCUCGAAUGUUAUCCAUCCCCUUAAAGUGCAAAGAAGCCUGAAAAAUGCCAGAAGCAGAAGGUGGUCGUAUAUCGAGAAAGAGGAGAGGAAGAAAACAGUAAAAGAGCUCGCAGAGUACGAAAUACUGUUCUACCACAUCGAGGAAGAGACAGCAGAAAAAAGCUUUACUUUCGCAGAGUUUAGGCCGUACUAUUCGCAUAAAAGGGACAGUAUUGGCAUACCGCUCUUCCUUACUCCUCUGAUGCAGUCUUCUGCAGAGAUAGGGCCUUUUACUAGGACGGGAAAGCACAAAGAGCUGGGCUCUCUAGAGCUCAAAGACGCAGAACCAGCUGUGUACAUGUACAAUCCGGCCUACAUAAACAACGAGUAUUCAGAUGUGCACUGCUACUACAGCAAUCUGUGGAUAUCAUUGGAUGCAGAAAAGGAAGUAAGCCCAGAGUGCUACAUUCUGAACUAUCAGGCCCUUGAACAAGCAGAUACGAGCGAUGGCGGCAGCAAGGUUGUUAAGGUUAUGUGGUACACAAGAAUGCCUGAAAGCGUGGAUGCAUACACACACUACAUACUGGACAGCUCUUUUAAAGAAGAAGAAAAUUUGGAAAAGUUUAAUACUUUCAUUGCAGCCGUAGAGUCGAGAGAUCACAACAAGGACAGCGAUCUGCAGGGAUUUUGGAUGGGCAGUGGCAGUGCGGUGGCAAAAAAACCAAAAAGCAGGAAACAGGUAAUAUUCAACUGGCUGGACAAAGGCCAAGAAGAAAAAAGUGCAGAUCUGAGAAAUAGGGAUAAAAAGAAGAUGGGUGUAAAAGAACUAGAAGCUGCUUUCAAAGAAGCCAAAGAAAUAUAUGAAAAUGCUGUUGUUAGGUGCGAAGAGCUGGAAAAAGAGCUGAAAAAAGAGAUAGAAAAAGAUGGCUCGAGUAAGAUGCAGCAAAAAGUAAAUGCAGCAAGAUCCAAAAAGAGUAAAAGAAAAAAGAAACAGGAAAUCCUCUACACUGAGCUGCAGUACAAAAAACUGUACAGGAAGCCCGAGCCGCAUGCAGAGUUUAUAGUGCUCCGCUGUGUGAACCGCAGCAAGUCCAAUCUCGGAGCACACAACGAGAUUCUUGACACUCUGGUCUCCUGGUAUGCUCGCCAAAUAUACACCAAGAAUGAAUAA